GAGUGAGGAACCCGUUGCAUCCAAUAUGGACAUCUCAACGGGCCACAUGGUGUUGUCGUACAUGGAGGACCACCUGAAGAACAAGGACCGACUCGAGCAGGAGUGGAUCGCUCUCUGUGCCUACGAAGCCGAGCCCUGCGCGACCACGCUGGCCCUCAAGCCCGAGAACAACAAGAAGAACAGGUACCCAGACGCUGUUCCUUACGACCACAACCGCGUUGUUCUGAACUCCCACGCCAACGUCAACGGGUCAGACUACAUUAACGCCUCCUCCAUUACGGACCACGACCCCCGCAACCCCGCCUACAUCGCCACCCAGGGCCCCCUCGACGCCACGGCAGCCGACUUCUGGCAGCUGGUGUGGGAGCAGGGCAGCGUGGUGAUCGUUAUGCUGACGAGACUCACGGAGAACGGACACGCCUUCUGCCAUCGCUACUGGCCUGAGGAAGGAAGCGACCUGUAUCACAUUUAUGAGGUCCAUCUGGUUUCGGAACACAUCUGGUGCGACGACUACCUGGUCCGCUCUUUCUACCUGAAGAACGUGAGGACUGGAGAGACACGCACCGUCACGCAGUUCCACUUCCUCUCGUGGCCCGACUCUGGCACUCCGGCGUCCACCAAGGCACUGCUCGAGUUCAGAAGGAAGGUCAACAAAUCAUACAGAGGGAGGUCGUGUCCCAUCAUCGUGCACUGCAGCGACGGCAUCGGGCGCACGGGCACCUACUGCCUCAUCGACAUGGUGUUGAACCGCAUGGCCAAGGGCGCGAAGGAGAUCGACAUCGCCGCCACCCUCGAGCACAUCCGGGACCAGCGGCCUCACAUGGUCAAGAGCAAGGCCCAGUUCGAGUUCGUGCUCAUGGCCGUCGCCGAGGAGGUCCACGCCAUCCUGAAGGCCCUGCCGCAGUAGCCUCCGACAGCUCCAAGAAGUUGACGACCCCUGGCGAGAUUCUUAAGGACUUUUUUUUGUCUUUUUUGUAAGCAUUACGACUUUUAUUGCUGAAGAAAGCAGAAGGAGAAAGAAGAAAGAAGAAGAAGAAGAAGCAGAUGUCUGAAAUAAUAAUGAUAAUAAUAGAAAGAAUAAAGAAACUUAGAAAAAAUAAUUAAGUUGGGAAGAUAAAACUUACAGGUACUCGUAAGCCCGUUGCGGUGCGGCGGGGGAAGGGAAGUCGGAAUUCCCCCCACUUCGUUCUCUUCGAUUCGAGCGCCAUCUUGCAAGACCCCCCCUCCUCCUCCUCCUCCUCCCCCCUCCCCCUCACCCCUCUUCGGGUCCCCCCCAAGAAACGUCCUCUCAUUCCUCCUCUUUGUUUUUAUUUAUCUAUUUUUUUCAUGGCCUGCUAUUCGUCCUACUCGAGGAAAAAUAUCUAGAAAGAGAGAGAGAGAGAGAGAGAAAGUGAGAGACUCGAAUAAAGACACGAUCGGACUCGAAAAGACGCGAGGACGCCGAGACUCGUGUCCGAAGCCGCGGCCGCCCUUUCCCGCCCUUCCGUCAAGCGGGGAUCCACCAGGAGCCCAGAAGGGAAACACAGAUUCGGACGAACGCACAUACGAACACACACACUUCGAGAGGAGAGAGGGGGAAAAAGUAGAUAGGAGAAAAAUAAAUCAAGAAAGGAAGAGAGAGAGAGAGAGAGAAUGAACAACCGCUGGAUAAAGAAGAAAAUAUGAAGAAACGAAGAAGUGGAUGGAAAUGAGAGAAAGAGAGAAAUGGAGGAAGAGAGGGAGACGCAUAAGCCAGUCUUUUGAUCAUUCCUCUUGCAUUCUCCUCCCCCCUCGUCCGACCCCUCAUCCUCCCCCCUCCCCACCUGCCUCGAGGGGCGUGCGCGCGCGUGAGCCUCGAGUCCGCCCGCCCCCCCUCCUGGCCAACGGCGAGUGGAGAAACCCUCAGCCGGCAUCUGAUGUGUCGCCGUCACUUGUUUCGUCUCCUCCAGUCACACAGAAAAAAAAGAAAAAAAUAUAUACGUGAAAUGAAACUUAAAAAGAUAUAUAUAUAGAUAUAUAGAAAUAAAUUGAUUAUCCACCAUUUAUUUUUCCUUUUUGUUUUGGACUAUGGAUGGCUUAUAUACCUACAGGUGUCAGAGGAUAAGUAUAUAUGAUAUAUAUUUUUUCUUUCAAUGUUUCCGAAUAAUGGUAUAUAGGAAUAUAUAUAUAUAACUACAUUGUGUAUAAGUGGUAAUUACACCCGUAACGCUGUGUAACAAGCAGAUGUCCACCAAGUCACACUCAGUUACACAAACUUUGUAAAAACGACGCUAAAGUAUGUAGAAAAUUGCCUAAACUAUUGUUCUAAAUUUAUAUACUAUGAAAUUUUUUCUCCGGUGUAAUAUAAACAAAACAGAAUUCGAUACCAAUUUUCCGAAACUGAGAUAACAAAGCAAUUUGUUUUAUCCAGGCCUAAAAAAAAAGAAGUUUAAGACUCCGAUGCUGACCUCCCAAAAAAGUUUUUGUAACUGAGUAAGGUAAUUGUAAUCCAUACCUCUACUGUCCGCUUUAUUUUCUCUACAAAAAUGAAUCUGCAAAAUGUAACAAAAAACUUGAAAACAUUUCUCAAAAAAUGACAACCAAAAAAAAUACAAAACAAAAUAAAAAGAUGUGUCUCAGCACCUCAUUGGCUGCGCGACGUCCAAUCCUCGAGCCUCUUGGAUGGAUCUGCCCUCCUCCUCCAAUGAGAAGCCUUCUUGGACCCAGCCUCCCAAGAAGGCUUCUACCAGCCAAUCAAGUUCCUCGACAGACGACUCCCACAGCCAAUGGGCUUAAAUGUUGCUUCCUGUGUCUAUGUAGAUCAAAUGGUUAGUUUCGUGAUAGCGUUAAGAGUAUAUAUAUAUAAAUACACAUAUAUAUAUACACAUACAUAUAAAUAAUGAACAGAGAGAUAUGUCCACGAGAGCGUUUGUGGCACUGGGAAUUCUUUCACCUUCAUCGGCUCCAUUCCACGAUGAUUAGUAAUGAUAAUGAUGAUAUAUAUAUAAAAGAAUCAAGUUGUGUAAAGAUCAGUGAACUCUCCAUGAAGAAUUCCGUUUAAGACCGAGAUGCUCGCAGAGUUUGAAUACAUCAGCGAUAGUCAAGGAGCGAUAGCAUUCUUCAGAUAUAAAUACAGACCGUUGAUUCCUCCAUCACAUCGUCUUCAAAUUUCAUCCAAAGGUAAAGAUGUCCGACCUGAUUAGGGAAAAGAAAGAAAGGUUUUCGUUCAAAGAUCACCGUCUCAGAUGAUAAAAAACACACAAAAAAUAGAUGAAAAUUAUAUAUAUAUGAAACGUAGGGAUAACCAUCAAUUGUGUAGUUGAGUGCAACCUUAAUUGUUAAUGUAAUUUAUUUUCUCUUGUUUUCUUCCUUCUGAGUUACUUUCUUCUGUGUUUUCAGGUCAAAUAGUAUUGUGCUUCUUUGGACAAAAUUUCCUGAACUUUUUUGUAUCGGUAUGACCCCUUUUUUGACCUUGAUGACCUUUACAUACAGCGGUUGUUACCGCUCAUCCAACGCCAAUAAAGUGAUUUGGUGGAAA